CACACGUCAGAUAUGUUUAUGAAGUGUUAAUCUCUCUCAACAAUUAUGUGUGUUUUGAAAUAAUUAGUGUAACAUGAAAUAUAUUUUAGUUAUUAUUUUGGCAUCCAUGUGUGAGCUUGGAAUACAUUCUUUGAACAAGGAUCAACACGCUAAACACAAACUUCCAAUGGAUACCACAAACUUUGACGAAUUGGCCAAUUCUAAGACAUUUAUUGACAAAACUCUGAUGAUAAAAGAAGUUUUCAAGUCACCUCAUCACACAAACUUAAUUUUAGCUCCAAGAAAGUUUGGUAAAACCAGUAAUAUGAACAUGAUCAAGCGGUUUUGUGAAAUAGAAGUUGACGAGAAUGGUAAUUCUAUAGAUAAAACACUGGCCUCAAGCUAUAACCUGUUUAAGAGCAAAAACUUAAAAAUAUUCAGAGAUGAAGCAUUUGUAAAAGAUCAUUUUUCUUCGUAUGCAGUCCUGCAUCUAGACUACAGCACUCUUCAGAACAUUGACUCGUACGAUCAGCUGAUGGAGAUGCUCAUAGUUUUAAUAAGCAAGACAUAUUCAGAGCACAAAUACCUGUUGAACAAUGAAUCGCUGUGGGAUGGAUUUGAAAAGGGACUUUUCCAGAGCUACGUAAGUGCUCAAGAAAACCACAAAGAUCACAACACUCACAUUCUCACAAGUUUGAAAUGGCUUUGUGAAAUAUUACAUAAACACUUUGGGAAAAAGGUUCUCGUGCUUAUUGACGAAUUUGACGCCUAUGUGUACAGUGCGAUAUUCAAUGAUAGCAAGGGGAUUGAUAAGAUAAUGAAGUUGAUGAUUGAAAUUGAUGGAUAUUUGUUAAAACCUAAUGAUCACAUAACUAAAGUCCUACUUACAGGGACAUUGAAAAUUUUUAGAGAGGACAUGGAUGAGGAUAUACGGACUUAUCAUUUCUUAGAGAACCAUCCUUUUAGUCCAUACUACGGUGUAACCAGAAAUGACUUAGACAACGUACUGUCCAAACUAGUUGGCAACUGUGGUGAGAAAUAUAAACUUCUAAAUUUCAUAAUGAGCUAUUACGGAAACUACAAGAUCUACAGUGAAGACGAUACAGUCACAGAGAUCUUUAAUAUGUGGCCUGCAAUAAAUUAUGCUAUUACUGGAGCACAGCCGGUUGAUUAUUUUGUGGGAGAACACCUGCUGCCUGGGUUCAAAAAAAUAUUCAGAGCUCAGCAAAUCAAAGAAGAACUUCAAGCGCUUAUCUUAGGAGAAGCAAGACCUGUUGAACGGUUUGCUGCCUUUAAAGAAGAUGACAUCCGCACACUUAACUACAUCACGAAAUCAUACAUUUGUCCCCCUUCGGGUGAUAAGGUGUUUCUAAGGCUGCUCUACAGUUUUGGAUAUUUGACUCAAGUAAAGAAUGACGAAGGGAUGCUGCUAGAAGAGUUUAGAGUUCCAAACAAUGAAACGGAAAGUGAGUUGAUGAGGUAUACUCCGGUGUGAACAAAUAACUGUAUUGAGCUACAUUGGACCUUGGGUACUGUGAUAUUAGGAGGAUAAAACUAAUUGUAAUAUCAUUAAUUUUAUAUCUUAUAUGAUACUGAAAACGAGAUUUA